CUCCCCAGCAAUUUCUUCCUUCCAUCGCACAAAUUUCCUGUUCCAUUUCAACAACUCCUAUAAAUAAUAAGACUUUAAUCAUAUCGACCCCACUUGGAAUUAUAAUCCACAAAAAGCUUUUCAUACUUCAUCAUCAUUCAUCAAUUCCUUUGUUUUGAUCUUCAUAAAUAUCUUCAUAUCCAGAUUUGAUUCAUUCAUUCUUUAGUGGGUUCAAGGAAAAAAAAUUAACAAUAUGGCUAAGGAUUCCUCCAACAAGAACUGGUCUUUGUUAGGCCGGCUAAGAGGGGCGGUGAAGAAAAUCAGAGUUUUAUUGAAUUUUGAUCUGAAUCGGUUCAAGCUUGCUUCUUUGAUCAGCGGUGCUUCAUUUAAACGGCAGCAGAAGCGGUUGAGCUUCAAUGAUCGGCCGGGAUUGACGGCCUUUGUGGACGGCGGCCAGGAUUCUGAUUCAAAUGGUUCCGGUGGUUCUGCCGGCAGGGCUUUACAGAGGACCAUAAGUUGCCCGUCUGAUCAAGAGGAUAUUGAUAAGAGAGCUGAGAUGUUUAUAGCUAAUUUUUACAAGCAGCUUAAGAUGGAAAGGCAGAUUUCUUUGCAGUUGAGAUAUACUAGAGGAUAUAGCUUCGAUUCGCCGUCUCCGUAAAUAUGACGAACAGAUUGAAGAAAAUUUUGAUCCAAGCAUAGAUGCUCUGCUGCCGGAAACAGGGGAUUUGCAUAUUCUGUUGAUUUUUUUUUUUUUAUAAAAAAAAAACAGAAGUGGGGACUUCGAAAAGUUUAAGAUUUGUUCGCCGGUGGAGAUUUCGGAAAUGACGAGGUCGGUUAAAUUUGUGUUAAUGGAUCUCUUCCAUCUUUAUCAAAGGGAUCAAUCGCCAUUGCAACUUGCAAAUGAGUUCCUGGAAGCUCAACGAAAAACAAAUUUGAUUAUUUAUUGUUGAUAUUCCAAUAUGCAACUUUUCGGUAUUGAUUUUAAGUUUUUUCCCCCCCUGAUUCGUGAUUGGAGUUUUGUCAGACAUCUUGGAGAUGGAAUAUGUCUGUUCAGUUUGUUUCUUCUUUUUCUAAGGUUUUUUUUUUUUUCACAAUUUAUUUCUAUCUUUCAUUAUGAAAUGCGGCCAAUAUGGUUGGCAAAAAAACAACGGGAGGAAGAAUAGAACAAGACAAUGAGACUAGUUCUGUUAUAAAGGUUUCUGUUUGGUUGGUUUGUGGUUUGUGGUGUGGAUAAUAGCAAAUUAGCUAUAGUUUUCGGUAAGAACUACUGAGGAAUUGAUGUUGUCCUACCAUUUUCAUUUGGUGUAAAGUAAACGACGCUGGUUAAACACCCGCAAGUGUUGGAAACAUGACUUUUAAAGAAUGAAUUGGGAAAAAAAUUCACAGCCUUGACAAACAUCUCCUUGUUCUUUCUUUCUUUCUUUCUUUGUUUUUCUCUUAAUCACAAGCGAUAAUCAUUCUCUAUCAAUCAACCAACUGAACAUAAGAUUACAACGACCUAAAUCAGACUAUUAGAGUAGCC